AUGUGGAGCUGCUGCUUUGGGGGAUUUGGUCCUUGUAAAGUAGCCUUUCUUACCUCUCUUCUCUUUCGUUCUUUCCUCUUGCUUUAUGAUGAGACCAGAUGGGUGUUGCUUCAAAGGAGAGUUGGACAUCUUGAGAAACCAUUUCGGAUCUCACUGGAAUAUGUUGCUGAUGGGAACAAGAGCAUAGCGGCUGUGGAUUCCUUUGCAAUGAAGAACUGCAGUACAGGAUCUACUUCUGGCUCAAAAAUGGCUCUGGAGGGUUCCUUCAGCUGCUGGAAUGGAACAGGGAUCAGACUGGGGCAGGCGUGUGACUUCAUCAGGGACUGUGCUGAGGGAGAAGAUGAGGCAGAUAUGUGCAAAAAUCUUCCCUCUGGCUUUUACUGUUCGUUUGAAGAAGGAGACUGUGGCUGGAUGCAGGGCUCUUCUGUGUCCCGUCCUUCUCCAUGGCGGAUUGGAAGACCGGAGCACAACCGUUUUCCUUCAAUAGAAGGUUGUGUACUCCUCCUUAACACCAGCAAAGCACCAGCAGUAGCAAACACUGUCAUGACCAGCACUGCAUUUCCAGCUCCCUUGAGGAACUCCCCCUGCGAGCUACGAAUGUCAUGGCUCAUCCAUGGUGUCUUGCUGGGAAAUGUAUCCCUGGUGCUGGUCGAGAACAAGACAGGAAAGGAACAGAGCCAGACAUUCUGGCAUUCAGAUAACAGCGAAGGUUUUGGAAUAUGGCAGUGGAUGAUCUUACCUCUCCCAGAUAUACUGGAUAGGUUUUGGUUUCAGAUCAUUGCUUCAUGGGAAGAAGGAUCUGAUGCCAUUAUUGCUUUUGACAAUGUCUCCCUUAGUCUGGACUGUUAUUUAACAAUCAGUGGAGAGAAGACACCUCGAGGUACCACUCCAGACUCAAGCAAUUUGCUCACCAGUAGAGGUGCCCAGAAGAAGUUUGGAUGGGAACAAAAGCUUCUGGGAAAUCUCCAGCUCAACACUGCCCCCAUAUCUGGUCCAGCAGAUCACUGGUUAUUCACAACGUGUGGUGCCAGUGGACCCUAUGGCCCCACUCAGAGCCAAUGCAACGAUGCCUACAGAAACUCCAACCUCAGUGUGAUUGUAGGAGCUGAAGGGAUUCUCCAAGGCAUUCAGAUCUGGAGAGUACCAGCAACCAACACGUACAGCAUCUCAGGCUAUGGAGCUGCUGGUGGGAAAGGAGGGAAGAACACCAUGGUGCGGUCCCAUGGCGUGUCUGUGCUGGGAAUUUUUGACCUCCAGAAGGAUGAUACUUUAUAUAUCUUGGUAGGACAGCAAGGAGAAGAUGCUUGUCCUAGUACUAAUGGUGUUAUACAGAAAGUCUGCAUUGGAGAGAACAAUGUGAUUGAAGAAGAGAUACGUGUGAACAGAAGUGUCAGCGAAUGGGCAGGAGGAGGUGGAGGCGGAGGAGGUGCAACUUACAUAUUUAAGAUGGAGAAUGGAGAACCGGUCCCCUUGAUAAUUGCAGCAGGAGGUGGUGGAAGGGCCUACAGGGCCAAAACAGACACAUUUCAUCCAGAAAGGUUGGAGAAUGAUUCCUCUAUUCCAGGGUUGAAUGGAAAUUCAGGAGCUGCAGGUGGUGGAGGUGGCUGGAAUGAUAACACUUCCUUCCUGUGGUCAGGAAAAUCCUUGCUGGAAGGUGCUACUGGAGGAAGAUCCUGCCCCCAGGCCACGAAGAAGUGGGGGUGGGAGACAAGAGGGGGUUUCGGAGGGGGUGGAGGGGGGUGCUCCUCAGGUGGAGGAGGCGGAGGAUAUAUAGGUGGCAAUGCUGCAGCGGACAAUGACCCAGAGAUGGAUGGGGAGGAUGGUGUGUCCUUUAUUAAUCCAAUUGGUACUUUAUACACUCCAGCGCUUAAAGUGACAGAGGGGCACGGAGAGGUGGAUAUUAGGCUGCAUCUUAACUGCAGUCACUGUGAGAUGGAUGAGUGUCGUGUUGAUCUUGAGACUCAAAAAGUCAUUUGCUUUUGUGAGCCAGGCACAGAGUUGGCUGAGGAUGGUGUGUCUUGCAUAGCCGAACCAGUGGUUCAUCUCCCUCUCUCCUUGGUCUUGUCUGUAGUGACUUCAGCAUUGGUGGCUGCUUUAAUUUUGGCUUUUUCAGGAAUCAUGAUAGUAUAUCGUCGGAAGCACCAGGAGCUACAAGCCAUGCAGAUGGAGUUACAGAGCCCAGAGUAUAAACUGAGCAAGUUGCGUACCUCCACUAUCAUGACAGACUACAAUCCCAACUACUGCUUUGCAGGAAAGACCACGUCCAUUAGUGACCUCAAAGAGGUGCCUCGAAAAAACAUCUCCCUUAUCCGGGGUUUGGGCCACGGAGCCUUUGGUGAGGUAUAUGAAGGUCAGGUGGCAGGGAUCCCCAGCGACCCCACUCCCUUGCAGGUGGCUGUGAAAACAUUGCCAGAAGUGUGUUCAGAGCAAGAUGAGCUGGACUUUCUCAUGGAAGCUCUCAUUAUUAGCAAGUUCAACCACCAGAAUAUUGUGCGCUGUAUUGGGGUGAGCUUGCAGGCACUGCCCCGUUUCAUCCUGCUAGAGCUCAUGGCUGGAGGUGACCUGAAAUCGUUCCUGAGAGAGACGCGGCCUAGACCGAAUCAGCCCUCCUCCCUUUCCAUGCUGGACUUGCUCCACGUGGCUCGGGACAUUGCUUGUGGGUGUCAGUACCUGGAGGAGAACCACUUCAUUCACAGGGAUAUUGCUGCCAGGAACUGCCUCCUUACCUGUCGAGGGCCUGGGAGAGUGGCUAAAAUUGGAGACUUUGGAAUGGCCCGGGAUAUUUACAGAGCCAGCUACUAUCGGAAGGGUGGGUGUGCAAUGUUGCCUGUCAAAUGGAUGCCUCCUGAGGCUUUCAUGGAAGGGAUAUUUACAUCCAAAACAGACACAUGGUCCUUCGGUGUGUUGCUGUGGGAGAUAUUCUCUUUGGGAUACAUGCCCUACCCUAGCAAAAGUAACCAGGAGGUUCUGGAGUUUGUAACCAAUGGAGGAAGGAUGGAUCCACCUAAAAACUGCCCUGGGCCUGUUUACCGCAUUAUGACCCAGUGUUGGCAGCACCAGCCUGAAGACCGGCCAAAUUUUGCCAUAAUCCUGGAGAGGAUUGAGUACUGCACUCAGGAUCCAGAUGUCAUCAACACUGCUUUGCCAGUAGAAUAUGGCCCAUCAGCUGAGGAGGAGGAGAAGGUAGCGAUGCGCCCUGAGGAUCCAGAAGGAAUUCCUCCUCUCUUGGUCUCCACACACCAAGACAGAAAGGAUGACAAGCGAACUCUGCCAUCUCCACCGCCCCUGCCAUCAGCCAUCACUGCUGGAAAACCUCUAGGGAAAAUGGGAGCCUUGGAACAGCCAGUCCCAGGGAAGGUGCAGUCAGCCUCAGCGGGGGGACAUAUCAACAUGGCCUAUGCCCAGUCCAAUCCCCCUUCUGAGCUGCACAAAAGCCGGGGCUCCAGAAACAAGCCCACCAACCUCUGGAAUCCAACCUAUGGUUCCUGGUUUGCGGAGAAGCAGGCCAGUAAAAACAGUUCUCUGCUGGAGAAGGAGAUGCCUGAGAGGGAGAAUUUAGGACAGGAAGGAAACUGUACUGUGGGGCCCAACAUUGUGACUGGCAGGCUGCCGGGCUCCUCCCUGCUGUUAGAGCCAUCUUCCCUAACAGCAAGUGUUAAAGAAGUGCCUCUCUUUCGGCUCCGCCACUUCCCUUGUGGGAAUGUCAACUAUGGAUACCAACAGCAGGGCUUACCCUUGGAAGCCUCCACGCCACCUUGCGCUAGCAGUUAUGAAGACCCCGUCCUUAGAAACAAGAGCCACAUAACCCAGCAGGGGCCAUGA